AAUAUAUUUUUAACUGUAACAUAUACAUCGAAAUUAUCAAACUUAUUUUUAGCUGAUCAGGUUCCCCCUCCACUCCCCCGAAUUGACCCUUGUAGUAUAUUAGGCCCAAAACCAAAGCGGUUGCUUUGCCAUUUUCAAGGAAAUAGACCCCAGAGUUUCCAGGCUCUUAUGCGCAGAUCCCUGCCAAUUUUCUUUCAUCUCGAGUCUACAGACUCUGACAACAUUUCUUUCACUUUUUUAUCUUUUUAAGUCUCAUCUCACCACGGUAACAUCUAACUCGAGUUUGCUACAUAUUAGGCAUUAUUAUGUAUUUAUUUGUUUUCACAAUGAUCGAUUUUUUAGCGAAUUUGAUUACCUGUGAGUCCUGUGAUAUUUAUCCUUUUCCAGGGCUUUUUGUGUGUGUGAUUGGUUUGACCAUACUUUGAAACAUUGCGAGCUUAAUAUUAACAUCCACUAUACAAUUUAUAGAGACUCAGAACCAGUUUAUGCAGAAAUUGCAAGAAAGGUUUGUAAAAAAUAUGGUAAAGAAUACACUCGUGAAACUCACAUGAAAGAAAUGGGGCUUAGUGUAGAUGAAAGUUGUCAAGUGGUAGUGCAGGCUUUACAGCUUCCUAUAACUCCAGAAGAAUACAGGCUUCAACUAGAGAGCGAUUGUGAAUAUGAAAGAAGACUCGCUGAAGCACCUCUUAUGCCAGGGGUUGAACGUCUUGUUCGACAUCUUUUCAACCAUCACAUCCCAACAGCUAUUGCUAGUAGUGCAACGCGAACCAUAUUCGAUAGUGUCAGCUCCAAAAGAAAAGACUUUUUCUCCCUUUUUCAUCCUAUUAUUUUAGCUGGAGAAGAACCAGAAGUAAAAAAAUGUAAACCUGCUCCAGACACUUUCCUAGUCUGUGAGGCACGAUUUCAGACAAAAGCAGAACCAAAAGAGACUUUAGUUUUCGAAGAUUCGGUUGCUGGAGUAGAAGCAGCUGUUGCCGCGGGAAUGCCAGUAAUCAUGGUGCCAUCAAAGGAUAUUGAUAUUGCCCUCUGUGGAAAAGCUACAUUAGUGUUGAAUAGUCUACAAGACUUUCGCCCAGAAGAAUUUGGACUUCCUAGCUUCUGAAACCAAUGAAAUAUCAAAGUAUACCUAGUUAAGAUGAGACUAAAAAAAAUAAAUCGGCAUAUAAUUUACUCACACGUAAUCGAGAUAAACUUGUAAUCAUUUAAGGCAUUUUUUUUCUUUCGAAGACGAGUCUUCAUGUCUCUGAUAUUAAAGAUUUCAAAAAGGGAAAGAUGUGUCCUAGAACGAAUAUAUACCGAUAUGUACUCAUACAUACUGUACACUUCUCAGAGAUCAAUUUAGACGGUCUGAGUGCUUUGUAUCAUCUUUUGUUAGAAACUGUAUAUAAGCAAAAUAAAAACAGUUUUAUUUGCAUGUUUAUAAAGGU